CUUUCGGCAUGGAAAAGUGUCGAUUUCGGGAGCAGGAGAGCGGCUGAGCACGGUGCCGUACGCAUACUUGAGAGAAAAGACCGCAUACCGGGUGCGUUGAGAAUGUAUCGCGCGACUUUGGGAGACCAUGGAUCCCGUGCGAUAACGAAUAGGCUUAACAGGCUCAUCGGGGUCCGUUGGAUGAGGUAUAUAUAUCGUCCCCAACGUCCGCUGUUGAUCCAACUUCUUGAGACCACUUCUCAUCGCAAAGCCAGAAAGGCAAAUCUCUUUGGUCCAACCUGCAUAAAUCCACCAGGCUUUGAAGGAAACCAGGCAUCCAAGGAAAAAUCACGCAAAGAAAACCUCUCACAAUGCAUCUCAAAAUCGCGGCCAUCGGCAUUUUCUUUUCCACCAUUCUCGCCUCACCCACCCCUGUCGCUGAGGCGCCCAAUGUGGCACCGCCACAGAUCACCACCCACUCCAGGCGUAUCCCGCUCGCAUGCCACACACACACCACGAGCUUGUACCCAAUGACCUGUCCCGACCCACGAGAGACAUCCGACUGCAUCGUGCUCCCGUGUAUCAUGAACGAGACUCGAACGCUCCCUUGUCACACGAAGCAUUGCCCAACUACGCCAACCCAGACGCAGUGGUUGCCAUGUCCGACCGGAUGUAGAAAGGGGUGCGAAACAAGCACUGUGUACGAAAAGGCCAUUUGCACCGCUUAGAGGCCUAACACACAUGCUUUAGCUUUGAACGGAUGCAAGGAAAUCCGUAGGAAAGACGUGGGGUUUUUGGUAUUGAGGGGUGGGCUAUCGAGCGCCAUGACGGUAAUGAACGUGACAUGUUUUAUUAUAUGAAUUUUCAGCAACUUUGUUUUAAACCUUUUAUAUAGGAGACGCAACUGGCAAUUCAGGGCAACGCGUGGUUAUCAAUGAUAUCAAAAGCGAUUUCAAAGUAAUCAA